UGUCGCUGGCUACGCGCUGCUUGAGAAAGGUUAGGAGCAAGAUGGCGGUCCUGUCAGCUAGGAUCUACCUUAGGUCCUAAGCUGGAACAUGCCUUAAGAUGUCAGCGGUUGAAUGUAAUAAAAUGUAAAGAGUUUGGAGAACACCCAGUUGCACAUAUCAGGGCUAUGAUUACAAGUAUGAAUGUCACGGACUAAACCCCUCCAGCAACCAGCGAAAUGUGCGACAGCUAUGCCCGCUCUCUGCUGCGUGUGUCGGUGGCGCAGAUCUGUCAAGCUCUAGGCUGGGACGCAGUUCAGCUAACAGCAUGUGAUCUUCUUUCUGAUGUUCUAGACCGCUAUAUUCAGCAGCUGGCAAGAGGUUGCCACCGUUAUUCUGAACUCUAUGGAAGGACAGAUCCCGUGCUGGAUGAUGUGGGUCAAGCCUUCACAAUGUUGGGCGUCAGCCUUAGUGAAUUGGAAGAUUAUGUCCACAACCUGGAGCCUGUUGGUUUUGCCCAUCAAACACCCCUCUUCCCAGUCAGUAAGAACAAUGUGCUGCAGUUUCCACAACCAGAAACACGAGACAAGGAGGAAAGGAAGGAAUACAUACCAGACUACUUGCCUCCAUUGGUCUCUUUGCAAGAAGAAGAGGAGGAGGAGGAAGAGGUCAUGACAGACAUGGGCACAUCAGCUGACGCUAUGCAAGUACCUUUUGAUGAGGAGGAGGAGGAGGAGGAGGAAGACCUGGGAGAAGAAGAAGGAGUCAAUGAUGAGAAUCACCCGAUGAAGAGGCCCAUGUUGAGUCCUGAUGCCAGUAUUGGCAUGAUGCCCAGCAAGAGGCCAAGACUUCAAUCUGGCUUCAGCCCGGAAUGGACAGGGGAGCCGAGGGAGCCCCUUAGCUCUCUUAACCCCCAGCGGGUUCCAUCCUCUAUGACGGAUAGUUUGGGAUCUUUAUCACCAUCACCUGAGACGCCGUUACCAAAUGUCGUCUUUAAGCCCCUGCCUAUGAUCCCUAGACACCCAGACCACAAGGCCAUUUGUGCUCCGAACAGAAAGCCAAGCAUAUCCUCACCUGGCAGGCAGAGAGUCAGAUCACCUAAGGGCUCCAGUGUUGGGUCCUCAGCAGGGAGUCCCAUAUGUUCACCUAAAGCAUUGCCAAAGGAGAAGAGGAAGUCACCAGGUCAGGCUAAAAGUCCCAAGAGUUCCAAGUCUGGCUCGGAGAAAGCUGCCCACACGCCUGGGAAGAGCGAGCCCCUGCAGAGGACUCCCCUCGCCCCUCUGAGCGAGAGGAUGGGGAAGGAGAACGUUCAUGUCCGGCAACAGAACUUGGAGUCGGACAGGCUGCUUGGAGAAGCACAACUCAGGAAGCCAGAGCCACCCGACAACACAAUUGAUGACUCCAUCGACGCUGUGAUUGCCCAGGCUUGUGCAGAAAGUGAGCCAGACCCUUUUGCCUACUCCUCAGCUUCAGACUCAGAGAGCGACAGCUUCUCCAGCCCCAGUCGACUGACCAUCUUGGAGCAAGCAACACCCAAGGCCAAGAUGGGAACAAAUACCUGUUAUGAUCGAGACACGUCAACACCGUUCUCAAUGAGUGGCGUCCCUGGAAGCAUGUGGACCAUGGACGACUCCAUCAAUGAGGUGAUUCGCAAAGCAAAUGACGGAACACCACUGAAUGCACCAUAUCUCUCGUCCUCGUCAGCCUCACCUCCCACCCCAGAGCCUCUGAUGAAGUUGUUUGAGGACAAGCACAAGAUGUUGGCAUCGGCUGAUGUGAAGAAGAAGCUAAAGAAAGAGCUGAAAACCAAACUAAAAAAGAAAGACAAGCCAAAGGAGAAAGACAAGGAAAGGGAGAAGGGUAAAAUGAAAGAAAAGAAUCGCGAUAAGAACCGAGACAAAAGCAAGGAAUUCCCUAAGGAGGCUAAAAUUCCCUGGAAGGACUUUUCCCUGAGGGAAGACGACCUACGAGAGCACUUUAUGAUGCGGGAUCUUGGAGGCCCUGAGAUGUCCUCAAAAUCUAAGUCCAAAGAUGGCACUGACAGUAUCUUCAGGAAAGACAAGGAAAAGCACAAAGACAAGAAGAAGGUCAAGGAAAAGACCAAAAAAGAUAAAGACAAGCGAGACAAGGGCAAGGACCGGGGAAAAGUGGACAAAAAGCUGUCCCUUACUCCAUUUGGUCAGGGCGAUGGCCCCUUUUCGCUCUUCAGCCCGUCCAGCUGUUUGCGUAUACCCACUAUGCUGCCUCCACUCCCGCCCAUCCUGCCUGAUCGGGACAGCAAAGGCAAAGAGAAGGACAAAAAGAAAGACAAGAAGGAGAAGAAGAAGAAGAAAGAAAAAGAAAAGGAAAAAGAAAGGGCCAAGGAGAAGGAGAGAGAGAAGGAAGAAAAGAAGAAGGAGAAAGAGAAAGAGAAGGAAAAGCGAGAAAAGGAGAAAGAAAAGGAGAAGGAGCGGCUGAAGCUUGAAAAGGUGAAACUGCUGGUGAAAGUGGAGCCUCCCACAGCACAUCCCUCUCCUGUCAUUCCCAGGAUUACACUCAGGGUGGGGGUCGGCCAGGACAAAAUUGUCAUUAGCAAGGUUGCCCCCAAUGCUGAGGUCCCUAAAAUGACGACGCCCAAGAUGCCGAGUGUAAAGGCAGCCCAGCCUCCAGCCCCGAUCUUCUCUCCUGCAGCGCCCCUCCUGGCUCCUGCGCCUCCCCCGCCUGUGGCUCCUGCACCAGUGCCUCCUCCCAUGGCCCUCUCACAGGGCAGCUCCUUCAAGACACAAGUGUGCAGCGUGGUCACUGAGACCGUCAGUGCCUAUGUGAUCCGUGAUGAGUGGGGAAACACAGUGUGGAUUUGUCCUGGGUGCAAUAAGCCUGACGAUGGCAGUCCAAUGAUUGGAUGUGAUGACUGUGAUGACUGGUACCACUGGCCCUGUGUGGGGUUGACGGCUGCUCCACCUGAGGAUGCCCAGUGGUUCUGUGUUAAGUGUGCCGGUAAGAAAAAGGACAAAAAACACAAGAAAAGAAAACACAAAGUGCAUUGAAACCGGGGCUGGACAUUUUUAUAGAAGGCGCAAACUUUUCAGCUCGAGGUGGCUUUAAACAUCUCAAAUGCCGGACAAUUUCCAGAAGUAAAACUGGAGAAAUGUUCAGACUACUGUCCUCAGAAUGGGAUAGACCAUGGGUACCCUUUUGAUUUGUGAUCAAGUGGAAGAUCUGUCCACCAAGCACCUUAACUAAGACAGCGUGAAAGACAUGCAGGUAUUUGUUUGCGUAUUUGGAAUAUAAUGACACGUGGUAUCAAAAGAAAUUAUGCUUUUCCUUUUUAGGAGGAUAUAUUUGCUAAAGCAGAACAUCAAUCCGUUACAAUCACUGUUUCAGUGUCCAGCCAUUGUUUUGACAUUGAUGAACUACUUGCAUGUAAAGAGACGGAGGUAUACUGAGGUUUGUGUGUACAAUAUGGAAAGUCACUCGGGCAGUUUCCUUUUCUUGAGAAACUCAGUUUCAUUGUCAGCACCUGAUUAUUUUUAACUUGAGCAGAUUUUCUCUGUAAUUAGUGUACAUUUUUUGAAAUGAGAGAUUGUAUUUUUAUUUUUCCUCACACAUAUUUUCCAUAUGCUUUCAGCAUAUUUUAUUUGCCCAGAUUUCCACAAUAUUAAAGGUUCAGUGGUUUCUUGUUUGCUUUUGGGGUAUGUGUACAUUAGAGAUGAAAUGUGUACUUUAUGUACCUGAGAAUGAUCCCUGAAAUCCCUGGUCAGUGACAUCUGACAAUCUGCAGUAACUGUUAUGUUUUCUUGAUAUUUAUACAUGUCUUUCUUUUUUUGUUGACAUGCCCAAGAAAAUUGUUCAGUCAUUUUAUCAGGACACAUAAAGAAGCUUGUUAAAGGAGGGAGAACAGAGUUUAUAAAAGAUUUAUAAAGAGGUUUAUGAGUAUAUGAACUUGAAUAAAAAAUCUUCUCUUUUGUCAGUA